AUGUUUAGACCCAAGCUACGAGAACCGGACACUUACCAUGGAACAAGAACCCAUGCUGCUGAAAGCUGGUUACGAUCUGUACAACGUUAUGCUGAUGUGACUGGAAUGGAUGAAGUUGACCGAGUCCAAUAUGCCAUCAAUCUUUUUCUAGGAAGUGCUGACACAUGGUGGCGUACAAGAGAAAUUGUUGGACAUGAUGCGGCUUACUUGGAUUGA